GAAGAGGAGGAGCUGGGGAUUAUCCAGGAGGAUGCAUAGUUUAUGAAAGUGGCUGUUCUUGUGCAUGAAUGGCAAUAGUUGCAGUGGACUGAAUCAGGAGGGAAAUAGAGAGAGAGGAGAGAGGAGGGGGAAGGAAAGGGAGAGAGAAAGUGACGGAGCGAUAUAGUGGAGAUCUGGAGAGGGAGAGAGCAGAGCGCGGCAGAAAGAGAGAGAGCAAGGGAGGGAGAGAGAGAGAGAGAGAGAGAGGCUGCAAGGCGACUCGGUGGCAGUGUGCGCCUCUGCCUCUCCAGCAGCGGGAGAGAUGUGCGUAACAUGCAGCGGAGAGCGGUGAUCAUCAUCUGCGCGCCGCAUCGCCGUGGACCGCCGUGCGCAACCGAAGACACGCCGACGGGCGCAGUCGGCUUUGCACAAGCUGUCGUGACUCCCGAGGAGAAGAGACUUUUGAGGAGGGGAGAAAAAUCAGGAGAAGUGCUGUGAGGAGAGGAAGGAGAGAUGCCAGCUCUUCAGAUGGUGAUUGGGGGUUAAUCGCCCCUCUGUUUUGGAGCCACUCUGACGCACCGCCGGCGAAGCGCAUAUUUGUAUUUUUGCUUCCUUUUCCACGGAAUCCCUCAUCUUCUUCUCCAUCAUCACACCUAAACCGGACUAUCAAGUGUGGAUUUUUUAUUUAUUUUUUGUGAAUGCUGAAUUACAACAGAAUAUGAGUCAGCGCGUGUCUGUGAGCUGAGGUGGAGCGUGUCUCUCUCCCGCCGCUCGGCUGUCUCGGUCCGCCACAAAACCUUCCUACGCCAGGAUGCAGCUGCUCAGAGUUGCGUGGGCACUGACCGGAGCGGCGAUCUGCUGCUUUCUCAUCCUCCUCAUCCACUCCCGCCUGCUCAAAGAAGGCCAGCUGGCAGCGGGGACAUGCGAGAUUGUGACGCUGGACAGGGACAGCAGCCAACCACGGCGGACCAUCGCCAGGCAGACGGCCCGCUGUGCCUGCAAGAAGGGCCAGAUCGCUGGAACUACAAGAGCCAGACCUGCCUGUGUGGACGCUGGCAUUGUUCGGAAAAAGCAGUGGUGUGAGAUGGUGCCAUGUUUGGAGGACGAAGGCUGUGACCUGUUAGUCAAUAAAUCUGGCUGGACUUGUACACAGCCCGGAGGCCGAGUCAAAACCACCACGGCUCUAUGACGCGACAAGAGUCCCCCUCGACACUCUUGCACUAUGGAGAGCAUUGAUGACCCCUUGACAGACAGCCAAAAUCCACCUACCACCACCACCACCACUACCACCACCAUCACAACAGCUCCACCUUUACCCUGGUCCCGCAAAGGCAGGAAGCAACACAAGGGCCUUAUGGAGGCAACAAGGUCUCAUAACACAGCCAGAGAUGGGAAAACCAGGGAGUGACUGUUUGAGGGAGUGUUGCUCUCCCCUGUACACUGGAUAAACUGGCUAUAAAACACUUCCUAUUUCCUGUGACCGGCUCCCUCCUGCUAUCUGUCGUUGGGUCAACAUGUUGUGUCCACCUCCUCUCCACUGUAUCUGCCUGCUCUGUGAAAUUAGCAGCACCUGCUCGCGCCACGGAGGAAUUGGACACCUUAAAAUCCCACGAGUGGUUCUUUUUGCCUCAUUGGAAGUCCACUGUUUGGAGCUGCUAACCGCAAAUUAAAUAAGGGAUUCCCCACGUCUCUUCUCCCAGACUCUAGUGCAGGAGCUGCAGAGGAUAGACGGGAUCAUUUACAGACCAAACCCUGUUGCUUCUCGGACCAUCUCGCGAGGCCGUCAAAAAAAACUGAGCGCUCUCUGCUGUGAAUAGGCCUUCUGCUGGAGUAAACCUCCCAUAUUUUUAUAGACCAAAGAGCAAAAACAACAAAUAUGAUCAUUGCGAUGGAGAGGACCAUCUGGUAAAGACACAAAAGACACUUAGCGGACAUGAUUCUUGUGUCGCCACCGACAGACGACUGCCCACAUGGAGACACAAACCGAACCUUUGGGACCCGGUGGCAUACGAUCAAAGGAGUACUUUUGAAAAACUUUCCAGACUUUUUUUUUCUCUCAGACUAAGCCCACCACUGUAUUUUGGAACUGGAAGAUAUAGGUACUACAUACGUAUAACUGUGUAUCAAAAAAAUCUGAUUUGCAUUUUUCAGUAGCUACGGUUGGGACAUCUUGCAGGAAGGAUUGUCGGGUUGGAAAAAGGAAUCAUAUCAAAGAGAUGAUAAAUAUCUACAGAGAGUAUAAAUGCUGUUGAGACGAGAAAGAGUAAAGAAAUGUCAUUAAAUGUAUUUUGAAAGGCCCUAAAAAGUUAUAUAUUUAACAGUUUUAUAUGUUGUACCUUUGUAGAGAAGCUUAUUGGACUUAAAAUGUGGUCACAAUGGCAGUUUAGUAGGAUGUGAACAAAUGCUGUUGUUCUCAUUACUGCUGGCUCGUAGUCCCAGGUUUUUCUGUUCACACCUCAGUAGCCGCUUUCUUUUCAUGGUCAUCUACAAGUCACUGUCUAUCAGAACCAUUGAUGGAAAAAAAAAAAGGAAAGUGACACAAUUUAUCGAGGACUGAUCUGCAGCCAACUGAACAUUGUAAAUCUAUGGUAGUCAGUGGAAGCCAUUGAAAUCUGCUAAUUUGCUAUGAUAUUGUAUUGUACACGGUGUGGAAUACUGACUCAUUUCCUCUCUA